AUGGCUACCCCCGUUGUUGCGAAACCUGAGCCUACCCCGGCGUGGAAGAAAAACCUCUCCGCCCACCUCCUAUGCCCCGAAUGCAAGGAGGAUCCCCCCAACUUGGAGUUCCCCGAUUCCCACGAGACGGUUUGUGGCUCUUGCGGUCUUGUUCUCGCGGACCGUGAGAUCGACUUACACUCCGAAUGGCGUACCUUUUCCAACGACGACCAAAACAACGAUGAUCCUUCCCGUGUCGGAGAUGCUUCGAACCCCCUGCUCAACGGAGCGCAGCUCGAGACGUCUAUCGCCAGUGGAGGCUCAGGUCGUGCGCGCGAUCUGUACCGCGCCCAGAACAAACAAUCGGGCGAGAAGGCGAAUAAGCAACUUCUAGCAGCAUACAAGGAGAUCGGUGCUUUAUGCGACGGUUUCAACAUUCAGAAGACUGUCGCCGACACCGCCAAGUAUCUCUUCAAGAUGGUGGAUGACGCCAAGGCGUUCAAGGGCAAGUCCCAAGAAGUGAUAAUCGCCGGAUGUAUCUUCAUCGCGUGUCGCCAGUGCAAGGUCCCACGUACCUUUACUGAAAUCUUCGCCGUGACCAAGGUCACCCGAAAGGAGAUUGGUCGCAUCUACAAGGCUUUGGAGAAGUUCUUCACCACCCAGAACGUCGAGCGCCACAACGCUGCUUUGGAGAAUGGUGAAACCCACGACUCUGCUGGCGAUUACAACGCCACUACUUCUACCAAGCCCAGCGAUCUUUGCAACCGUUUCUGCAAUCUUCUCGAUCUUCCUUUCCAGGUCACCAGCGUUUCCGUCUCACUUUCCGACCGUGUUACCGCCAUGGGUGAUCUCGCCGGUCGAUCUCCCCUGUCGAUCGUGGCCGCCUGUAUCUACAUGGCUUCCGCUCUCAUGGGUCAUGCCAAGUCGGCCAAAGAAAUUUCUCAAGUCGCUCACGUGAGCGAUGGCACCAUCCGCGGGGCAUACAAGCAGCUGUAUGCCGAACGCGAGCGUCUGGUCGACCCGGAAUGGAUCAAGGGCGGAAAGGGUGACAUGGCCAAGCUCCCUGUCAGCUAA